ACAGCCGCAUUUUGGCGGGCUGUCAUGAAAUGGCGGCUUACCUCAGCGCCGCCGCCGCCAUCUUGUGAGAAACCACGAUGCAGCGCCAGUCGCGUCUGAGGCGGGAGCUGCAGCUGCUGAGCACGGAGCCGCCGGCCGGGGCCAGCUGCUGGCAGCCCGGGGAUAAACUGGACGAGCUGCGGGCGCAGGUGGUGGGCGGCCCGGGCUCGCCGUACGAGGGCGGCGUGUUCAGCCUGGAGAUCGCCGUGCCGGAGCGCUACCCAUUCGAGCCGCCCCGGGUGCACUUUCUCACCCCCAUCUACCACCCCAACAUCGACUCGGCCGGCCGCAUCUGCCUGGACAUCCUCAAGCCGCCGCCCAAGGGCGCCUGGCGGCCGGCGCUGAACCUGUGCUCGGUGCUCACCUCCAUCCAGCUGCUGAUGAGCGAGCCCAACCCGGAGGACCCGCUCAUGGCCGACAUCGCCCGCGAGUACAAGUACGACCGGGCGGCCUACACCGCGCACGCCCGCAGCUGGACCGACAAGCACGCCCGGGCUCAGGGCGCUGACAGCGGGCGCAGCGAGGCACCGGGGACCGCGCUGAGGAGGCGGCAGCAGGGGGAAGAGGUAGCGGCGGAGCCCGCUAAGCGGCCCUGCCCGGGGCUGUGAUCUGCGGGGAUGGACGCUGUGCCGGGGACGUUAUUGCACUGGCGGCCAGCAGGUGGCGCUGCUACAGUGACAGCACAUGGGGGUGCAGUAACUUUUGCGGCCGGCAGGUGGCGCUGCCUACGUUACCUCACUGGAACCUGCUGGGACUGGCUGCCAGCAGGGAGUGUUACCGACAGUGACUGCCGGCCUGCAGGUGGCGCUGCCCAAGUGAACCCACAGGAACCUGCAGUGACUCUUGUAGAUGGUGCUGGCCAGGUGGCCUCACAGGAACCUACAGAGAUGUCAUGGGGACCUGUGACUCUGGGGCUCACAGGAACCAGAUGUGAAUCUAGCAGCCGACAGGUGGCGCUGCUGCAGUAUUAUAACAUAAACCAAUAGCGGUGCUGACACAGUGACAACGUGGGGGACUGUAGCGGCAGGUAGUGUUGCUGCAGUGACAUCAGAAGAACUUGCAGUGACUCAAUGGCUGGCAGAUGGUGCUGCUGUGGUGUCACAAGAACCUGCAGUGAAAUUAGAAACCAGUAGUGACUCAGUGGUGCUGCUGCAGUGACAUCACAGGAGCCUGUAGGGACUUUGGCAGUUAAUAGGUGGUGCUGCUGCAGGGACAUCAGAGGAGCUUGUGAUUGGUGGCCAGCAAGUGGUGGUACUAGUGACAUUACUUUCAAGAGUCCACACAUUUAUCUAAUAAAGUGUUUAUUUACUUA